GCGCUGCGAAUCGUGUGGCCGAGGCUGUGGUGCCACGGCCUCGACAAGCUGCCGAAAGUCUAUAACACGGCCGCAGGCGUCGUCGCGGAGGCGCGGGCGGCAGCCCCAUAGUCCUUGCCGCGGUCCUGGGGCAAGCCAGACAACCCAGCCAGCGCGAGGCGUGAAACCAGCCAGGACAACCCAGCCAGCGCGAGGGUGAAACCAGCCAGACAACCCAGCCAGCGCGAGGCGGUAAACCAUGCCCAAGAAGAAGCUCUCCAAGGCGGAGAAAAAGGCCAAGAAGUUGCAGGACGCCACUGACAACCUCGCGAUCGUGCUCGACCGGGCGCAAUUGGCAGUGAAUAAUGCCGCGCCCGAGGACGACGUCUCCGUGCUGAAAGCGGUCAUCGACAAGAAGCGCGCGGCAUUCGCCAAGCUCGGCCAGCGGCCAUCGGAGGAGGCCAUGGCGCGGCUGUGCCCGAACUGCAAGGCGGCCCAGCCGAAGGACGAGCCCCCGACCUGCGCGGCGUGCGAGGCCAAGACCAAAGAAAAACACAAGUACGACCCGGCGAGGAUCGAGACGAAGGAGAUCCGGGCCUUCAUGGCCGCGCUCCCCCCGCCGCCGCCGCCGGGCGCCGCCGAGCCCGAGGCCUACGACUGGAGCUACGUGCCGACCGACGAGACCUACGAAUGGACCUACGCCGCCGUCCCGCCGAAAAAGAAGAAGCUCUCCAAGAAGGAGAAGAAGGCCAAGAAGGCCCAGGACGCCAUCGACAACUUAGCGCGGCGCCUCGACGCGGCGCGCGCGCGAGCGGCCAUCCAGGACGUCCUCAAGGUCGAUUUGCAGAAAGAGCGCCUGGCGAAGCUCGAGGAACUGGCCGCGCAAGAAGCGGAAGCUGAUCAACGACAUAAGGACCGGCAGCGCGCCAAAGCUGCGCGAGUCGACACGCAUCAAUCAGAAUGUUCUUCACUCGAACGAGCCGUUUCGCAACUAUCAGAGGAGCGGUCGCAACUCGAGAUCGAGGUCGGCGACGUCGAUCUCAGACAGGACAUCAACGAGCGGCUGAGGGAGGAGGUCGGGACCGUGCGGCGAGAACUAGAUGAAGAAUCAGUCAAGAGGGAGGCGGCGCGGGCCGAACGAGAAACUAAAGCUCGCGAGGCGCGCGUGGCCGUCGCGAGAUUGGGCAGGGAGACCUUCCGCGAGUUGGAUCCGCAGUACGAGGUCGAGGCGCGAAAACGAGUGGAAGCGGACGUGGCCCGCGCGCCGGUCCGGAACGCGCGCUUGACGGACCGCAAGAACGAACGGGCGGAACAGGCUCAAAAACUUUGUGAUCGGCAGAAGGCCCUCGCCUCGGAUCUGCGGCGACAUAGGGUGGAAAAGACCAUGUUUUCGGAGCUGGACCAAGCGCGCGACAAGCGGCUGGAGAAAGCAUCGAAAGCACGGUUGAAUGCCGAGGCCGCCAUGGAGGCUUCAAGAGCGAGGCUCGCGGAGGUGCGCGACGCGCACGCCGCUUCGAUGAAACGGCGCGACGCGUGCGUCUCGGCCGCUGGGCGACUCCGAGACGUCGGUUCGUUAAUACAACGGACGCGCGACUCCGCGUGUAGAAGGCGGGCGCGCGCGCUGGCACUCUCGGCUGCUCUGGAGCGGUGCGCCCAAGAAAGGGAAACGCGCGACGCGCUCGCGCGCGCGACGAGGAGCGAGGAGGAGAUCGAGGAGGCCGAGGCGGCGGCGGCCGCGGCGUCGUCCUCGGACUCGGACUCGUCGUCCUCGUCGUCGGGGGAGUCCUACUCCGGCUCCGAGUCAUCGUCCGACGACGAGGACUACCGGGCGAUGUGGUGCAGUAAGGCUUCUUAGUUUU